AUGGAUCUAGGAGCAGAAGCAGUCACAAGGAAGAAAGGAUUACUCCCAAUGCGGAUGAAAGCCCCCACGAAACGCUGGAUGGAAGCUAAUGAAGUUGUAGGACGUGGACGUAUUUUUAGCAUAAAUUAUCCCCCGAGUGCCACUCAAGAGGUGAACACAAGGCUUGAGGAGGCGCGGAAAACAGAUUCCGAAGUUGGAAAAGGAUUUGGAGAGAGCCCAAAUGGUGUUGUUCGUGACAGAGAUAUAGCUGUACCUUGCUUGAUCUCUUUCGAGCUGAAGCUAUCAGUCGCUCUGAGCACCGCUCCAAGCUCUCUAAGCCCCAACUCGGUGACGACAAAAUCUCUUACAGACAGAAUCUCCUUGUGGAAGAGCGAAAAAGAUACCCAUGAUAUUCAAGUUACUGAGAGUUUAUUAGUAUUCUUGAGAUAUGCAGUUCUGGGAUUGCGAUGUUUCCAUGAGUGCCAGCUUAUUCAUCAAGGUGUGGCACUUGAAAACGUCCUCAUUGUGGAAGAUGGAGGAGAAGAAUUGCAUCCCAUGCUUUCAGGCAAAGGCAUAUAUAGGAAAGUCAAAGUAUAA